AUCCUUUGAUCGUCUUUCGACAUGCCUAAGCAGAUUCAGGACAUCAAGCAAUUCCUCGAAAUUGCCCGCAGAAAGGACGCCACCUGUAAGCAUUUCUUUUUUUCGUUUUCCGUGACAACUGUUUCGCGAAUACCCGUGAUUUUUGUUUUGAUUGACACUUUGCAUUUCUCUUGUCUCAAUUUAGCUGCUCGCAUCAAGAAGAACUCGGAUUCCGUCAAGUUCAAGGUCAGAUGCUCUCGCUACUUGUACACCCUUGUUGUCAAGGACAAGCAGAAGGCUAACAAGCUUAGACAAUCUCUCCCCCCUGCUCUCGUUGUGGAUGAGAUCAAGAACUAAACGCCAUUUUUGUAUGCUUAAUAAAAGGUGCAUAUCAUGUUGUUUUCAAGU